AUUUUUGUCCUUUUUUUUCUGUGUCAUCUUCACUUUCAACCUCUUUUCUACACCUUUUUUUUACCUUACACUGUGACUUUAUUUAGUGGCCUUAUAUUUAUCAUUGGACAUAUCAUCAACAAAUGUAGUUGGAACCAGUCAAUUAUCAUUAUCAAUAACACGUUCUUGCUGUUGCUGGUUAAAAGUUUCUUGUUGUUUCUGUUUUUUUGUUGUUGCUUCUUCCUAUUGUUGGAAUCAAAUUUGGCAACAAUUUACAGUCAAUUGCUAGUAGUAAACUUAUCUUACCGUGAUUGAUUCGUUAAACUGUUUACAAGUUGUUUUUACCUAAAUUUUUCUACAAUCAAGAUGAUCCAAUCUUCUUGAUUCCUUGCUGUUUUGGUUUUACUCUUUUUUUUAUUUGUUUUCCCCUUUUGUUUACCUCUUUAUGUGCUUAUGUUAAUAUAUAUCGUUUAUUGGGAGUUAAAUUUGAUUCACUGAUGCAAUGGAGUGCCAAUAUGUAGCGACUCAACGAGGUGGAAUAGCUCUUGUCUACGAAGGCCAUAGAUAUAACAAAGUACGUGAUGGUAAAGAUGGAACUGUUUAUUGGCGCUGUUCUCGUGAUCGUCAAUGUCCAGGUCGUGCAGUGACUGUUAAUAAUCGUGUGAAAAAGGCCAAUAACAAGCAUAAUCAUCCAGCUGAGGCAGGAAUUGGUGGUGUACCUGGUGCCACGGGUUCGGGUUCCGUGGGUUUACUUCGUAAUGGAUCAACAGCCUCAUCCAAUUUUAUCAAUUCACAUAAUAACAAUAGUUCCAACCAUCAUCAUGGACACCAUUCACAUCACCAUUCACACCAUCACCAUCCUCAUCACCAUUCCAAUCGCCAUCAUCACUCUCACCUUCAUAACUCUAAUCAAUCAAAUAAUAAUAGCAACAACAAUGCCAACAAUCUUAAUAGUACCAACAAUGUUAAUAGUAUUAACGCCAAUCGAGAUGCCAAUUCAAAUCAAUCCUCAUUACACCAAGUUCAAGCUCAAGCCCAUCAACAUCACACCUCAGGUUCAUCGUCAUCCGCAGGAUUAUCACCACCCUCUUCAGGUCAACUUGGUGGACCUUUGUUAUCAGAUGUAACCCCAAUCAUUUCACCACGAGUACCAUCUGGAUUGACCAUUCAAGAAGUUCUUAAUGCUCAAACGGCUGUUGCAGCCACUGCAGCAGUUUCAUUUCCCACUCUCAUGCAGGAGACUCUUAAAUACAUUGCCUUUGCCAGUGGAAACCACCAGUUUGCCUCUUUUGCUGCCUCAAUGGCCAACUUUGGUUGCCCCAACAUUGAAACUCUAGAAAGAUCACUUUGCCGAAACAUGUUCACCAAUGAAGCUACAAAUUAUUAUAGUGAUUCUUCAGACGAUCAACCUCUCAAUAUGUCUGUGCGAAAUUCUGGUCAAAUUUUGAAACGUAUCCGAAGUUUAUUGAAAAGCUCAAGUAUUUCCAAUGAAGCACUUUCUGCUUUCAUCAUUUCCUCUGGAGAUGCUCACCAAAGUGAAUACAUUGCUGAUUGUGAUGAUCGUAUCUCUUUUAUUUCCGGCUUCACUGGGUCCACAUCAACGUCCGUGAUUACCCUUGAUGAUGCAGCUCUUUGGACUGAUGGUCGAUACUUUUUACAAGCUGAAAAGGAACUGUUUCCUGGUUGGAUUUUGAUGAAAGAUGGGCUGACCGAGACACCCUCACCUGGUGAAUGGUUGAACAAAGUGUUGCCCAGUGGUAGUAAAGUGGGUUGUGAUUCUUUCCUUGCCUCCUCCUCUCAAUGGACAAACUUGGCCAAGGUUCUUACUUCCCAUGGUAAUCACCUUGUCCCGGUAGCCUCCAAUCCUAUUGACCUGGUCUGGGAGGAUCGUCCAGCUCCUCCAUCAAAUCCAAUUGAACCUUAUCCUACAUCUUUUGCCGGUAAAUCAUGGCAAGAAAAGGUUGAAGAGGUACGCAAGGAGAUGGUCAAAAAAGAUGCCAAUGCUUUAGUAUUAACGGCACUUGAUGACAUAGCCUGGCUACUCAACCUUCGUGGGUCUGAUAUUACCUACAAUCCAGUCUUUUUUGCUUACAUUGUCGUUACAAUGGAUGUUAUUAAUUUUUUUGUCGAUGAAUCCAAACUUGAUAAUCAUUGCCGGAAACAUUUAAAUCUGGAUGCUUCUUCUAAACCAAAAAUUGAAUUAAGAGAAUACAAGUUGAUUGCGGAAUUUCUCAAAUGGCUUGUAGCUCAAGACAAUUCCUCCAAAAUUUGGUUGGAUAAUCGUUCAAGCCAUGCUCUAGUCAGUAUAAUUCCGGAAUCUCGUCGAAUCAGUUUACCUAAUCCAGUUUUAUUAGCCAAAGCAGUAAAAAACAAAGUUGAAAUUGAAUGUAUGAAGCGAGCUCAUGUUAAAGAUGCUGUGGCUCUUUGUGAAUUUUUUGCUUGGCUGGAAGAUGAAAUAGUAAAAGGUGAAUUAGAUGAGGUUAAAGCAGCAAACAAAUUGGAAGAGUUCAGAAGGACUCAAGAAGAGUAUAUUGGACCAUCAUUUGAGACGAUAUCUGCGUCUGGACCUAAUGGUGCUAUAAUCCACUAUAAACCUUCACCCGAAUCAGCUCGAACUCUUUCAACCAGUGAAAUGUAUCUGUGUGACUCGGGUGCUCAAUUUAGAGAUGGAACUACCGAUGUAACUCGAACCAUGCACUUUGGUGAACCAACACAAUAUGAACGGGAAUGUUUCACAAGAGUACUUAAGGGUCACAUUGAUUUGGCUCAAGCGCAUUUUCCCUCUGGUAUUCAGGGUCAAUUGUUGGACUCUUUUGCUCGCCGUCAUUUAUGGGAAGUAGGUUUAGACUAUCUUCAUGGAACCGGUCAUGGUGUUGGUGUCUAUCUAAAUGUCCAUGAAGGCCCAAUGGGAAUACAUUUUAAGCACAAACCAGACGAUCCUGGUCUUAAAGAAGGAAUGAUUCUUUCAAAUGAACCAGGUUACUAUGAAGAUGGUAAAUUUGGUAUAAGAAUCGAAAGUCUAAUAUUAGCCAAGAAAGUUAACCUUGAGCAUAAUUUCAAGGAUCGAGGUUAUCUUGGCUUUGAAACGAUAACUUUAGUACCAAUUCAAACCAAACUAUUGGAACCAUCUUUACUAUCCAUUGAAGAGAUUGAAUGGUUGGACAAUUAUCAUGCAACUUGCCGAGAUGUUAUUGGUAAAGCAUUGAAGGAACAAGGCAAAACUAAUGCAUAUCAAUGGUUAAUGAAGGAAACUCAACCGUUAGGAUAAAUUACUCGCCUUAUACCUGUUUUUUAUCAAAAUUUAGGAUCAAUUCAACUUCAACUUUUUUUCAUCCUACUGUGAUUUGAUUGUUUUCAAAACUUUCAAGCAAUUAAACUCAUUAUUAAUAUUAUUAAUAUAUAUAUAUAUAUAUAUGGAUAAAUAUAUAUUCAAUAGGCAACGAUCUAUUCAAUGUAUAAGUUUAAUGGAUGGACUGCCAAAAACCAUUUGAUCAAAGCGUAAACAAGGAAUCAAAAGAUAAAGCAAAGCAAAUCAAGAUCACCUUACAAACAAGAUAAAUAAAAGCCAAUAACUCUUAUAUUUUUUUGUUAAAAUAAUUUAAUUCUAACAAAACUGGAUUAUGAUUUGUAAUUACAGUGAAUGUAACUUUUUAUUGUCGACUUUGCAAAAUUUCAAAAAAUGCCAUUUUUACUGAAUACUUUUUCAUCUCAUUCAUAAUCACAAACCACUCGUAAUCAAUAAAAGUAAAAAUCAAGACAAAACCCAUUUAUGUAAACCAA